GUGCGGCCGGCCAGCCACUUCCGCAGCUUCCGAAUUGCAGCGGCUGAGCUGGGUGGGUCAGGGUCCCCUCACCAUGCGCGGCAGAGAGUCGGCGCCCGCUCCGGUGCUCCAGUUCACCAACUGCCGCAUCCUGCGCGGCGGCGAGCUGCUCAGGGAGGACCUGUGGGUGCGCGGGGGCCGCAUUGUGGACCCCGAGAAGCUGUUCUUUGAUGAGCGGCGCAUGGCUGAUGAGCAGCGGGACUGCGGAGGCCGCAUCCUGGCACCUGGCUUCAUUGACGUGCAGAUCAACGGUGGAUUUGGUGUUGACUUCUCCAAGGCCACAGAGGACGUGGCUUCCGGGAUUGCCCUGGUGGCCCAGAGGAUCCUGUCCCAUGGUGUCACAUCCUUCUGCCCCACUGUGGUCACUUCCCCACCAGAGAUUUAUCACAAGGUCCUUCCUCAGAUCCCUGUGAAGAGUGGAGGCCCCCAUGGGGCAGGGGUCCUUGGGGUGCACCUGGAGGGCCCAUUCAUCAGCCGGGAGAAGCGAGGUGCACACCCCGAGGCCCACCUCCGGUCGUUUGAGGCCAAUGCUUUCCAUGAUGUUCUGGCUACCUAUGGGCCCCUGGACAAUGUCCGAAUCGUGACCCUGGCCCCGGAGAUGGGCCGAAGCCACGAGGUGAUCCAGGCGCUGACGGCCCGGGGCAUAUGCGUGUCCGUAGGGCACUCGGUGGCUGACCUACAGGCUGCAGAGAAAGCGGUGCACAGUGGGGCUUCCUUCAUCACUCACCUCUUCAAUGCCAUGCUGCCUUUCCACCACCGGGACCCAGGCAUCGUGGGGCUCCUGACCAGUGAUCAGCUGCCCCCAGGCCGCUGCAUCUUCUAUGGGAUGAUUGCUGACGGCAUCCACACGAAUGCAGCAGCCCUGCGUAUCGCCCACCGGGCCCAUCCCCAGGGGCUGGUGCUGGUCACUGAUGCCGUCCCUGCCUUGGGCCUGGGCAAUGGCCGCCACACGUUGGGACAGCAGGAAGUAGAGGUGGACGGUCUGAUGGCCCACGUGGCAGGUACCAAUACCCUAUGUGGCAGCAUUGCUCCCAUGGAUGUCUGUAUCCGCUAUUUCCUGCAGGCCACAGGCUGCAGUGUGGAGGCGGCCCUGGAGGCUGCAUCUCUGCACCCUGCCCAGCUGCUGGGCCUGGACAAGCGCAAGGGGAGCCUGGACUUCGGUGCUGAUGCAGACUUUGUGGUGCUUGAUGAUACCCUCCACGUUCAGGCUACCUACAUCUCAGGAGAGCUGGUGUGGCAGGCAGAAGAAGCCAGGCCAUGAUGGGGCACCCUCGAUGGAGUGACAUGCUGACAGGGUGGGGUGCUCAGGAGCUGGUCUCCAGGGAGCAAGUUGGGAGUCCUGCCCUGGUCUGUAGCCACCCUGGGGGCAGUGGCGUGGAUAAAUGUGCAGCCAGCAGGA